UUUUUUUCGUUGGAGAAGGUCCAGGAAGCUGAGGCCAUUAUCUUCCCGCGAAACAGAGUCUCUCCUUCUCUCUCUCUCUCUCUCUCUCUGUGCGUCAAUGGCGUCCAUUUCAGCCAUCGGACCACCGUCAAAGCCCGUGCCGCCGUCUCCUACACCUCCCGCGACGAGACGAAACGGAGCCGCGAGGUCUCAGUCUCCGCAGCGACCGCGAGCGACUCUCCGUCCUCGGCUGUCCCUACCCUCUUCCGGUUCUUCCGAGCCUAGCUGUAGCGGAGGAGGAGGAGGAGGAGCGCGCGAGUUUCGGCGGCGGGAGGUUCUGGUUCCGUCGACCGUGGGGACGCUAAUCGGAGCCCUGUGGGGCGUUUCGCGCGAUCGAGCUCUCGCUUCCGAAUUCGCCGACAUGCCGGCAAUUAGAGGGAAGGAUUAUGGCAAGUCAAAAAUGCGAUAUCCAGACUACACAGAAACGGAUUCAGGUCUUCAGUACAAGGACUUGAGAGUAGGAGAUGGUCCCACCCCCAAAGCGGGAGAGACUGUAGUGGUUGACUGGGAUGGUUAUACUAUUGGAUACUAUGGCCGCAUAUUUGAAGCUCGUAACAAGACAAAAGGCGGUUCCUUUGAGGGAAAUGAUAAGGACUUCUUCAAAUUCAAGAUAGGAUCUCAAGAGGUAAUACCAGCAUUUGAAGAAGCUGUUGCUGGCAUGGCCCUUGGGGGUGUUAGAAGGAUCAUAGUGCCACCAGAACUGGGAUAUCCAGAGAAUGACUACAACAAAAGCAGUCCAAAGCCCACUACCUUUUCGGGUCAGCGAGCUCUCGAUUUUGUCCUGAGGAACCAAGGGCUGAUAGACAAGACACUUCUUUUUGAUAUUGAGCUCCUUAAAAUCAUCCAGAGCUGAUCAACCGAAACAUGCUUUAGUUGACGCAUGAGGCAACAAGAAGCAACAAGUGAUGGAGAGGGCAUUUUCCUAAAGCCUAGAGUGCAUUAUCUAGUUCAGCGCCCACCCUGUAAUAUAAGAGUCAACUAUCAAACGAAGGGAAAACUGAGGAAGUCACCUAAUCAAUAUUUUCAUCAAUCAGGGAGAGGCUCUUUUGUUCUGUAAGCUGCAUUAUAGGAAGUAUGAAUUCCUUAUCUAUGCUGUCCGAAAAGCUGCUAUGUAUGCAUCCAUUUAUAGCUAAGUGCGAGUGCUUAGCUAAGUACUAUGAUGUCACAGAGAAGCACGAUCAGAGUGUGCAAGCGCUUCUAAGUCCUAUGAUUUUAUUUUCUGUAAAACUAAGGAUAGGCUUCACACUUAGCUUAUGCUGCCAUUUUUAUGUCUAAGCGGCCUGACCGUGUCCAACACAGUCCCCCUUAGAGCCAUCGAAGACAACAUUAUAAUCA